AUGGAGCCUUUGGCAUUGCUCAGAGUCACAAUGGGCUUAGCUCUUCUUCUUUGCUUUGCUGCUUGCACAGAGUCAAGGAACUUUGCUACUCAAGAUGAUCAGGAUAUCGGAAACAGUGGGACAGCAGCUAGAGCUACAUGGUGCAUAGCUAAGCCAUCGACAGAUGUUGAAAAGCUUUACCACAAUAUUGAUUAUAGCUGCGGGCAAGCGGGAAUUGACUGUAGGGCCAUUCAGCCAGGUGGCAGUUGCUUCAGGCCAGACAAUGCAGUCUCGCAUGCUUCAGUUGCCAUGAACCUCUUUUACAAGGCCACUGGGAAGCACCCUUGGGACUGCCACUUUAAUGGCACUGGCUUAGUCGUUUUUCAGAACCCAUCUGUUGGCGGUUGUGAGUAUGCAGUGUGA